UAUAAUAGUUAUUUCGAAGUUAUUAGAAAAAUAAAUAUAGCAAUUUAUCAAUUAUAUUAUGUGAAGAUAACAAGCUUCGCGAGUGGAUUAUAAAUGUAGUGGAGAAUAUGGUCGGACAGGUACGUUAAUGAAAUCAUUUACAUGUGUAAAUAUGUAACAAACUCAUUAUUUCUAUACGGUACUUUACUUUUAUUUUGUUAAUCAAAUGCUAAAAAUGUAUUUAAAUAGGGAUAAAUAGUAUAGUAGUAGUAGUACUAUCCUAUUCACCCUAUAUUUUUUAAAGUUUUGAUUUACCGGGAACCCAAAUAGCAAUGAAAGUAAUGAUUUGAAGUUUCUCAAAUAUUGCUAUUAUUUUUGUGAGAUGUAUCUUAGCAAGUCAGUUUAAAGUUCAUAUUGUGAUAUCUGUGUUUUAUAAAAUGAAAGAAACUCAAAGGACUAUAACGACCUCAGACCUAUCAAGACAAGGAAAUUUAUGUGCGCAAGCCAUAUAGAAUCCUUGUAAAGUGUUGUGACGUGUGAUUUUGUAACAAUUUAUGUCAUUAUAAUGACUCAGUUUAUUGAUUAAAAAGGAUUUACAAGCAUGAAUUCAAUCAUAAGUGUGUUUAGUUCGCUACUGUUAGGUAGCGCAAGACGAUCGUUUAAAUCAAACGAUCAUUUGAAUUUGUCGCGUGUUUUUGUGUUGUGAUUGGUAUUUUUAAAAUUUAUUUUUUCGUGACAAAAUGAAGUUUUCGUAUUUAAUAUUUUUUGUAGUGCUAUUUAGUUUCCAUCGUGACAGUGUUACGCUACCUAUAAAGGGUAGUACAGGAUUUAAGCUCCCAAAACCUCUUUCAAGUGACACGGCGAUAACGAUUAAUGGAACUGUAACAACACAGAAUAAUUUUUUAACUGUGACGUUGUCAGACAAAGGAGGGAAUCGCAUAUGUGUGUUAAACUACAAUACAUCUGCAAAAAUAAUUUCUAUGAUUUCAAAGGACCAGAAAGUAAUAACCGAGACUUAUGAAGUUUCAGAAUCUAUAAGGCCCGUAAAAUUUGUACUGCAUAUAGAACCGAAGCUUUACGCGGAUGAGUAUUCGAUAAACUUCGAAUUAAACGUUGAUAAUUCCGGUCCACUACCUUUACAAUGUUUGUCGGGAAACUUCGAAACUGUUCAUAAAAUUAUAGUGAAAGGCGCGAAUAGCAUAAGCAGCCUUCUCUUCCAAUACGAAUAUUGAAAAGGAACUCAUUAUAACGACAGAAAACUCAAAGAUUGACGUCGGCACAUCGGUCAAGAAUACCAAGUAAAUCAAGGGCAUAUAUACCUUUUUUAUAUUUCCAACAGACGAUAACAAAAAACAAUUUAAUAAUUGUUUGUAUCGUUUACUUAUCAACAAUUAUGUUUUAAUUAAGAUUUAAAUGCUAAAAGUUUUAUCAAAAACUUGUAAGAAUACCAGUUCUAAAUUCAUGUGCGCGACGAUUAGAAACUUAUCUUAAAAUUUUGUUUAUUAAGUGCCUGGUGUACAUUCAUUGCAAUCUAUAUAAAACGUUGAAAACUUAUCUUUGCUAUAAAAAUCGUGUAGGGUGAAUUUUCCGAUCUAUUAUUGCCAUUUGAGUCAUAAUAGUACUCGACGACUGAAACCAUAAAAAAUGUAGAAUCUUAUACGUCUUUCAAGUUUCUCUCGCAAUACUCACGUACGCCUUUUAAGUACUAGUCAUUAGUGAUAUAAUUUAAUAAUUAUGACAAUAAAUUUAUCGUAAUUUAGUGGUUAAUACUACAUGUGCGACAAAAUUAAAAACUUGUUUUGUUGACAUGUACAUGAAAGUACCGUGUGUUUUCAUUGCUUAAACGCCUGAACAAAGAUAUGUUAUUUUCUGAAGGCGAAUAACUAAAGCGGGGUUGUUUGCACUAAAUGGCGAGAGAUGAAAAUGAUAUUUUGUACAGGCAGUGAAAACACACAGUUGUAUUCUAGUCAAGUAACAUUUAAGCUUCUAUUUGCGGCUGGUCCGUUAUUUAUAUUAGUAAUUUAAGUAAAUU